UAACAAUGAAAAACCCAAAGUGAUGGCGUUUACUUUUUCUUAAAAGGUAAGGAAGUUUUCCAAAGCCACCGAGCCCCGAUCGUCGCCACUCCCCAUCUCAGAUUUUCAGUUGAUUUUUAAAGAGAACUUAUAUUUAGAAAAAUAAAAUUAAAAAGGAUGAGUGAAGUUUUCGAAGGGUAUGAACGGCAGUAUUGCGAGCUGUCGGCGAAUCUUACCAAGAAGUGCUCGGCUGCUGCUGCUCUGAGUGGAGAGCAGAAGAAACAAAAGCUAUCUGAAGUAAAAGCUGGACUAGAAGAUGCAGAAGCCAUGAUUCGGAAAAUGGACCUUGAGGCAAGAAGUUUGCAGCCAAAUGUUAAGGCUAUGCUUCUUGCUAAGCUACGGGAAUAUAAAUCAGAUCUUAACAAUCUCAAAAGCGAAGUCAAAAGAAUUGCAUCUGGAAAUUUAAAUCCAUCUGCUCGAGAUGAGCUGUUAGAGUCUGGAAUGGCUGAUGCCCUCUCGGCAUCAGCUAAUCAAAGAUCAAGAUUGAUGACGACUACGGAGCGGUUGAAUCAAAGCAGUGAUCGAGUUAAGGACAGCAGAAGAACCAUGCUAGAAACAGAAGAGCUUGGUGUUUCGAUUCUUCAGGAUUUGCAUUCACAACGGCAAUCUCUCUUACAUGCCAACAACACGCUUCAUGGAGUGGAUGACAACAUUGGCAAGAGCAAGAGAAUUCUGACAAAUAUGUCGAGGAGGAUGAGUCGGAACAAGUGGAUCAUAGGUAUCAUUAUGUCCCUCCUCAUCGUUGCUAUCAUCCUUGUUUUGUACUUCAAACUUUUUUAAUAGUCGCCAUUUGUUUAUCUUCUAAAUCCUGGUUUUUUGGGUGUUUUUCUUUUUGGGGGAAAUAAUUUUUAUUUUGUUUCGCAUUUUGAGUGCCGAUAUGAAAUGCGUGCUUCUUAAACCCAAAGACUGUAUUAUUCAUCAUUUCAAUUCUAUUUGAUAACAUUUAAGAUC